GAAGCGCACUCAACGUUCUCCAUUGAAGCGUUCUCCGUUGAAUCUAAUUCUUGUAUCCCCCAUUGAAGCAGCUUCUAAGAAACGAAAGGAUGGCUCUGGGAUUGAUACUCGGACUUGCAAGGUCAAUGCGCAGGAAGCGGACAUCAUCACUUGAUAUCCUUUCUUCAAAGAGGGCGCCAAGGAAUUACUACAAGGGAAAGAAUUGCAAGCCCACUGGAUUUCACACCCGCAAAGGUGGCUAUGUUGUGGUGCAAGAAAAGCUGCCUAACUACGUAGUACCUGAUCUUACCGAUUUCAAGCUGAAGCCGUAUGUUUCUCAGUGCCCACUGAAUGCCAAGACAACUGCUAAUACUAAUGUAUCAACAUAGAUUGACAACACUAGAAUUAUCCAAGCUUUCGAGUUGUUUAGCUGUUUCGCAAUAGCAAAGACCUCAAUGAAGCUGGAUUGAGAAUUGACUGUCUUGUUUGUUUAGCCAUCAUACAUUGUUUAGAAAAACGCAAAUUGUAUGAAAACUGAUGGUCUAAACAGUUCCUGGUUUGGUAUUAGAGUAGAAAACAUUUCAAAAUUUAUUAUCCUAAUUCCUUAGGAUGUUUGCAAAUCUUCCAUCUUGUUCCAACUUUUAAGUAGUGAUCUCAAAUUUUUAAAAA